GGAUUUUGCACAACACCGAUAAUUAGUGACUUUGACGCAAACAACCACUUAGGUCACAGGAAAAUCGCACGGUAACUUAGUUCUUUCUUUCCGGAUGUCGCUGGAAUGACGCACAACGAUCUUUUCUCACCGAUGCUUUGAUACCAUUUGAAAAUGCACGGGAGAAAAUCUAUAUUGAUCAAUUAAUUAUAAUACAAUGAGCCCUAUUUAUAACUAUACAUAAUACAGAUUCUACUCCUGGUCAAUAUGGGACUCGGACUAAUUACAUUUUAACUAUAUAACUAUCUAACACGUCCUAAUGCUAAUUUCAUGAAAAAAAGAAGUUUCCAAGAAACUAUUCUUCGUGAAAUUGGAUUACUUCCAGUAACUUGCACAAGAAGCAUUGAUUGUUGUAUGGUGUUCAUAAGGCAAGUAAUAGCAGCAUAAGCCAUGUCUCUCUUUCUCUCUUACGUGUUUUAUGACAAUAGGGAGAGUUUGUGCCAAAAAAAAAAAAGCAGAAUCUCAGAGUAUGAUAGUAGAGGCACUAUUAUAAUAAGCUCGUAUUCUCACAAUCUAAAAACAGAAGAAAUAAAGGGUCUAUCUUUUAUUUAUAGAAUUUGUUUAUGAGAAGGGGAGCCUUAGCGUAACCAGUAAAGUUACUGUCAUAUGACUAGAAGGUCAGAGUUCGAGCUGUGAAAAUAAUAUUUUGUAUAAAUGUAGGGUAAGACUGCAUACAAUAGACCCUUGUGGUCCGGCCCUUCCCCGACCGAACCCCGUGCAUAGCUUGAGCUUAGUGCACCAGGAUGCCCUUUUUGUCCAUGAGACCCGUUGCCAACACGGCAAACAAAAAGAAUCAAACAAAAAAAAGCAUCAAAGAAAAUUCUAUUGAAUAUUAUCUUCUAUCUUUAGGUCAAAAGCCAACAAAAGAAGAUCUCAUGGUGUAAAAUCAGGGGUUUUGGUGGUUGGUCUCUUUUAAAAAGCAGAUUCUCCAAUUCAAAAACGGAAAUGAGAAUUAGUGAUAAUUAUCACAUCCUAAAAGUAUGCACUGACCUAACAGGGAAAAGGUGAAAGAUUUAUGAUCAGCAUCUGAUUCCAGCUGGAAAUGUGAUGGAAGCUAACUUGUGAUCUCAAUAAACAAAAGAAAGACCUUUCUGUUUGCACAAACUCCCAAUUGCAUCACAUACGCAUUGAGAGAUAUUCUGCUUCUUCUCUCUGCAGAAACAUUUCUAUUUUUGUCACACAUAAUUAUGGCUUAUGCUGCUAUUACUUCUUUUAUGAGCACCAUAAAUCAAUCAAUGCAACUUACUGGAUGUAAUUUGCAGUCGUUCUAUGAGAAACUUGAAUCCUUGAGAUCUAUUAUGGAGAAACCCUGUAAUAUAACAGAGGAUAUUGAAGCACUGACAAGCUUGGAAGCUGAAAUCAAAGAGGUAGUAUUCAAUGCAGAAGAUAAGGUUGACUCGAGAUCAAUAAAAGUUCUUUAUUCAAAAACACCAACUUUACGGAGCAACGCUUUCUGGAAACUCUGUUGUUGCUUGGAACAAGCGAUAGAAUGCAUUGAUUCCAUCAUGAAGCAGUGGAUGGCAAUACGGGACUGGUACACUAACAUCAAAGGUUUGAAAGCACAAAAGUUUUCUCUAGCCAGUAUACCUGAACGUGCUGUAGAGCCCGAGAAUAUUAUGGUUGGCCAUGAAAGUGAGUUCGAGAUGAUGCAGGAUCAACUUGCCAGAGGAUCAAGUGAACUAGAAGUUGUCUCCAUUAUAGGGAUGGGUGGCAUCGGCAAGACAACUUUAGCUAACAAGCUUUACACAGAUCCAUUCAUUAUGUCUCACUUUGACAUUCGUGGAAAAGUUACUGUUUCACAAGAGUAUUGCGAGAAAUGUACUACUAGGCCUUCUUUCUUCAAUAAGUGGAAGGACUAGUGAAUAUUUUGAGCAAGAUGAUGGCCAACUAGCAGACCAACUACAAAAGCUUCUAAAAGGCAGGAGAUACUUAAUCGUCAUUGAUGACAUAUGGACUACAGAAGCUUGGGAUGAUAUAAAGUCACACCUCCUUUUUGCGCGCCUACCUCGGAGGAUAAAUGCGUGAGGGAGUUUUUCCAAUUUAAGUGACAAU